AUGCUGGACACAAAACAUGGGGAUGGGAGAUAUGCACAAGCAACCAUGAAAGGACCAGUGGCAGAGCCCAGACAAGUUCAGAGUUGUAAACGUGGAGGUGAGAACUACAAGUCGUUAGUCAUCAUAUCCUUCUGGGCCACCAACAACGCCGUUCUCAGACCAGCUGCAACAGAAUAUUUGUUCAAGUUUGGAGCUCGAAACUCAUUUCACACGUUGUUGGCGGUAAAUUUGGUGGAUUAUAGGUUCCAGGCUUCUGCAAACCGUGAUCUUUUCUUCUUGCUUCUUGCUCGUCCGUUUCAUUUCUCGGCCUUCCAAUGUUUUCUCUGGUGCUCAAAAGCUACGUUGUCUUGUCGGUUUCCGCCUCUUUCGUCGAAUAGUGUUAUCGUCACAGUGCUGGCUGAAUACUGGUACCUUUGGGAGUUACCAAUUUUUCCAUCCAAGGCGGGGAAGAAUGAUCCUUUGAGAAUCCAUGAUGGAAAUGGUUGA